UUGCUUGAAAAACCAUUCAUCGUUUUUCGAUCAGUAACGAAAACAUACAUUUGAAAAUUAUUUCGUAGAAAGAUAUUAUCUGAUUGCCUGAGAAUGCUGCCUCUUCGAUUAUUGAGCCAAGUGACUGGAACUUCCGCAAAGGCCUUCAUUUUUGGAUGCGGUGUCAGUAGGCGCGGUCUCAAGGUCGCGGUUGUGGGUGCGGCGGGUGGCAUCGGGCAGCCACUGUCCCUCCUCCUCAAGCAAAAUCCGCACAUCUCGAUGCUCGCAUUGCACGAUUUAAAGAACACGUCCGGAGUUGUGGUCGAUUUGUCGCACAUUAAUACCCCGGCCAUGGUCUGCUCAUUCGAGGGAAAGGAUGGUUUGAAGAAGGCAAUGGACAAGGCGGAUAUUGUAGUGAUUCCGGCGGGCUUACCCCGCAAACCGGGAAUGAAACGCGAAGAUUUGGUGGACGUGAAUGCGAGCGUGGCUUGCGAGGUGGCAUAUGCAGCCAGUGCCGUUUGCCCCGCCGCCUUUCUGGCCUUCAUCACGAAUCCCAUCAACGUGAUCGUUCCGAUUGUGGCCACGAUACUCAAGGCCAAGGGAACCUACGAUCCGAACCGACUUUUUGGCGUCACUACCCUGGAUGUGGUGCGAUCCAAGACCUUCAUCGGGGAUAUCCUGAAUGUCAAUCCGCAGACUGUGGAAAUACCUGUGAUCGGUGGCCACACAGGAACGACUAUUCUUCCCAUCCUUUCCCAGUGCAAGCCACCUUACAAGGGAAGCGACGAGGAGCGCGAUGCCCUUAUCCAUCGCAUCCAGGAGGCCGGAACCGAGGUGGUCAAUGCUAAGAAUGGCCAGGGAUCGGCCACCCUAUCGAUGGCAUAUGCCGCCUCAAACUUCGUCAACUCACUGAUCAAGGGCAUCAAAGGCUCGGAUGGCGAAUGCAUUGUGGAGUGCGCCUAUGUGGAAUCGGAUGUCACCGAGGCCUGCUUUUUCGCCACCCCGCUCAUUCUGGGUCCCCAGGGCAUCGAGGAGAAUCUGGGACUGCCGGAAAUGGACGACAAGGAGCAGGAGUCCCUGGAGUGUAUGCUACCAAUCUUAAAGGAGAACAUCAAAAAGGGGAUUAAAAUGGGCGAAGACAUGGCCUGCAAGUCAUAAGAUAAAUUUUAUGAUUUUAUACUAAUUGAUUAUGAUUACUAUUAAUAGAGAAUAAAUAGUAAUUUUUAAGUUGUAA